UCAGAGACUGAUGUCAAAUCAAAGAACUGAACGGAGAAGAUAUAUAGAUCGUAAGGAAAUAAUUGUUUGGAAAAGUGACGGAUAUAUAUAUGUUUUUCUUUAUUUAUUGUUGUGAUACCUACACUAAACUUAACAGUUACUUUUGAUGGCACGCAGAGAAGUUUCAAUCUGUCUUCUGCCUGGAACGAAGCAUCACGCCGAAGAAUUGAUGGAGAUUUUGCGAAUUGGAAAAACAACCUGAACGACAACUGCAUUUGUUUUGCACAGGAUAACAGUGUUUUGCAGAGGCAGUUACAACCCAACGGGUUUUUACAACCUGAUGCCAUAGAAUAACCUUUUCAGUAACUUUUUUAUUCUGUAGGCUAGUUCUUCAGAAAACCAUCUAUGCACUAGUGCUUUAAAGAACCCAGAAACCAGCACAGAUUUGAAGAUUCUAUAAUGUAAUCAUGAACCUUUCAGGGAACCAUGCAGUCAAAAUUGUCCUUAAUAAGAAGAGGGUUCUUCGCUGAACCUAAGAACCACUGAAGAACCUAGUUGUAAGAUCCUAUGGCGUGAAGCAGAAGAGUAGAGGGAAAAACACUGGCUUCCAAGUGGUUUUAUAUUUAGAAGUGAAUACACCCUCAUCAUCAUCAUCAUCACAGACUGGAUGUAAAGAUGACAAGCGUCUGGUUUGCUCUGCUGGGCUUCUUGUGGAGCGUUUAUUUGGCAGGUAGUAGUUCUGUACUGGACGGAUCUGAGCUUCAGCCCAACUUCAUGCAUCGGAGGUUACGGACUCGGGAGAAGAGAGAGAUGCAGAAAGAGAUCCUGUCCAUACUGGGACUGAACCAAAGACCCAGACCGCAUCUGAACAGCGGCAAAUAUAAUUCAGCACCCCUCUUCAUGCUGGAUCUGUACAACAGCAUGUCCACUAAAGAGAAAAGCGACGUGGAUCAGUACAGAUCACUGUUCACCACCACACGACCCGCUUUAGCUUCACUUCAUGACACAGAGUUCCUGCAUAACGCGGACAUGGUCAUGAGUUUUGUCAAUUUAGUGGAAAAUGACAGAGAGCUGUCGCCACAGAGAAGACACCAUAAAGAGUACAAAUUCAACCUGUCCCAGAUUCCAGAGGGAGAGGCCAUCACAGCCGCAGAAUUCAGGAUCUACAAGGAGUGUGUGACCAGGGCCUUCCACAAUGAGACAUUCCUACUUAGUGUGUUCCAGGUGGUUGGUGAACAUCCAGACAGGGAUGCCGACCUGUUUCUGCUAGAAUCUCGCAGGUUGUGGGCAGCUGAAGAAGGUUGGCUGGAGUUUGACAUCACAGCAUCUAGUAAUCUCUGGGUGAUGAGUCCACUUCAUAACCUGGGUCUACAGAUCAGUGUGGAGACCAGCAGUGGGUGGAGCAUAAAUCCUAAGGAAGCGGGGUUAGUAGGUCGUUAUGGUGCUCUGGAGAGGCAGCCUUUCAUGGUGGCCUUUUUCAAAGUGAGUGAAGUCCAUAUCCGAACUGGCCGGUCUGUGGGCAAACGACGUCAGCCAAACCGCAAUCGCUCCAACAGUCCCCAGGAGACAUCAAAGGGAUCAGCUCAAACAGCAGAUUACAACAGCAGUGAUCAGAAGACCGCCUGCAGAAAGCAUGAACUGUACGUCAGCUUCAGAGAACUGGGCUGGCAGGACUGGAUUAUUGCACCUGAGGGUUAUGCAGCAAACUACUGUGAUGGAGAAUGCUCAUUUCCCCUAAACGCUCAUAUGAAUGCUACUAAUCAUGCUAUAGUACAGACACUGGUCCAUCUAAUGAAUCCAGAGAACGUUCCGAAGCCAUGCUGCGCUCCCACCAAACUGCAUGCAAUCUCCGUGCUUUACUAUGACGACAACUCCAAUGUCAUUCUGAAAAAAUACAAGAACAUGGUGGUGCGCACAUGCGGCUGCCACUAACACAAGGGACACUUGCCGUCCUGCCCAACUGCUGCACCGCAGAGACAGAGACAAAUGUUUAUGAGGACUGACAAAACUAAAUAAGACAGACAAAAAGCAAGCAUUAUGAACAAAUGUGAGAGAAUGUCUUGACGGUGGAUCCAGGUUUGCUGCUUCUCAUCUUUCCACACACGGCCAUUUGACGUGACAUUUCGGAUCCUACAAACUGCCAAGAGGAUGUUCGUGUGAAUCUAUAAACAGAAAAUGAACUUGAUGCCUUAAGUCUAAAUCAAAGACACAAAGAAAAUGUAAAUUGUGAGCUAAAAUGCUGUAUUUAAAAAUGUGUCACUUACCAAAUAUUUAAAGGGGGUCGCAUCACGUUAUAAUUUCCUUUUCUGAGGUUCACUUGUGUUACAAAACAGUCAAAACAAUUCUUCGUGACUAUUUUCCACCCUCACGCUGACCCUUGGAAUUAAAUGGGAUACUUUUUGCUGCUGUGCCUUUAGGACUAGACAUUGUAUCUUUCUGAUGUUUGAAAUUUCUAGAAGUUCAGAACAAAUAAUUUUUUUUUGCAGCUUUCAGGAACUUCCUCCCUAAUAUAAAUAGACGAUUUGAGUUCUGAAAGUUACAGUAGCUCUUUUAUUUCAAAGGAAACUUUGAUUCCUCAUGAUAUGACCUCUUUAAGAUUUAAAACUUAUGAAUUACUUUGUCCCAAAGCACAGAAAUCACAACAGGAUAUUUUUUACUGCUUUCUGUAUUUUUGAUGAAGUCACUUAAACCCACAGGACUCUAUUUUGGGUCUCAAAAACUCAAAUUAUUUUAAGUUUCUCAAUAUUUGCUCUGCACUACCUGUGGUUUGCAUCAGCGAGUCAGAGCGAGUGGUUACACACUUCAACAGAACUCAAAGAACGGAACCAUUAUACUGCCGUUCCAAGGAUGGAACUGUUAUUUGAUGCCAUCUGACACCACAGAUCUAUAAUUUCCCUGCAACACCUGCACCUCGAAUGGCUUACGUCCAAAACUUCCCAUAAGACAUGAGGACCUACAAAUAAUUUGUUUUUCAGCAACAAAAUUUUAUUCUUUGCCAUUGUCCUCACAUGGGCUGUGGAUUUUGCACCAGCUCAUGUCUAUUUACUGUCAAACUUUUAAUAUGCAGCUGUCCAUUUAUUUAUUUUUUUUCCCACUGUGAGCCGCUUAAUGGUACAAAUCUCUCUGGACAGAGUAUAUAUAUAUGUGUCUAUUUUCAUAAUUAUAGCAAUAUCUUUUGUUUUUCCCUGGUUUGUAAUUUGGGAAUCGAUAAUCGCUUUCAUUUUUUAAUACGAAUACUGAAACCAAAUAAUUUGGUUACAUUUAUAGUUUUGGAACAUCAUUAUUCUUCCACUGAUGUGAAUGGAACGCUUCAGAAAAUAUGCUAAUUUUAAUGCUGUUUGCACUCCCAUUCAUCUCCCUGACACAGGACCCCAACAGACCAACAAGAUCAUGCCAAACAGCCAAACCUUGACUACCUGGUUCACACUGACAGGGGUCACAUCACUAGUUGGUAUUAGGUCGUACUAUUGGUUGCCAGUAGGCAAUUCUAAUCAGCUGUACUCAAAUUCCGCCCCAAGAAUUGAUUCUGAGGGUACAAUUAAUGUCAACUUUUUACAAUUCAUAUCCUUAAUUAUAUCACAUACCUCCCACAAACUGCUGUUUACAUGUGUCAACCAUUUUUGGAUGCUUGUGUGUAAAUACUUGUACAUUUUACAGUUUAUUUAUUGUUCAUUUUAUGACUCAUAUACCAUCACAUAACAAGAGUAAAGAAAA